AAAAAAAAAAAAAAAAAAUUUGAAAAUUUAAAUUUCAUAAAUACCAAAAAUCCAACCUUUUAUUAUCGUUUAAAAAAUGUCUGUUCAAACAAUUGUAAUCGUUGGAGGCGGCUAUGGGGGUUACGCAGUUGCCCAAAAACUUGCCAGUAAAUUUAAUAAAUCUCAAUCUCAUCAAAUUAUUUUAAUUGAAAGAAAAUCUCAUUUUUAUCAUAGUGUUGCGGGAUUAAGAACGGUAGUUGAAGAUGGAUUUGAAGAGAAAGUAUCCAUUCCAUAUGAUCACUUAUUUGAUAAACAUGGACAGGGUAAAUUAAUUCAUGGUACUGUAAUAAAAUUAAACAAAAAUGAUCUUAUUGUAAGAACAAAUGAUGGAGAAGAACAAAAUAUCACAUUCGAAAUCGCCGUGAUUGCUACUGGAAGUAAUUAUCCCCGUCCUGCUAAAUUUGACGCAGAGAAUAAAGAAGACGGUACUAAAGAGAUUAUAAGACAACGUGAAGCUGUGAAAAAUGCCCAAAAAAUUUUAAUUGUUGGAGGCGGACCCGUCGGUAUUGAAUUGGCCGGUGAAAUAGCAUCCGUUUAUGAGAAUAAAAAAGAAGUUACACUUGUGCAUGGAGAAGACAAUUUACUUUCCCCUAAUUUCCCGAAUAAAUUAAGAGAUUCACUUGCAAACCAGCUUAAAGAUUUAAACGUUAAAUUAAUUCUUGGGGAUAGAAUCGAUUUUCAAAAAAAUAAUAUCGGAGAUGGAUUAUCGAAAUUAACAAUUACGACUGAAAAAGAGCAAGUUAUUGAAUCUGACGUACAAUUUGUUGCUAUUGGAGCAAAACCAAACACAUCAUUAGUUGAAUCAUUAAAUGGUUCUUUAGUAGACGAAAAUAGUCAUUUAGUUAAAGUUAAACCAACUCUCCAAUUAGAUUUAAAUGACGAAUAUAAUCAUAUCUUUGCUAUUGGAGAUAUCACAAAUGUCCCAGAAACCAAAUUAGCCUUUAGAGCUGGAUUACAUGCCGAUUUAGUUAGCAAAAAUAUAUCAUCCUUUAUAGAUAAUAAAAAAUUGGAAGAAUAUAAACCUAUGAAAGAAACUAUGUUUGUUACUAUAGGAAAGAAAGGUGGUGCAGGCCUUUUACCAAUGUUUGGUGGAUUGGUUGUCGGAUCAAUGAUGGUUAGAAAUUUAAAGGGAAAACAUCUUUUUGUUGAUAAAUAUCGGAAAGAACUUAAUGCUCCUACACAAUGAAUUAAUUAACUAUAAUUAUUGUGGAUAGUAUGAAUUUUUCUUUUUUUCUUUAUAAAUUAAUCUAAUUUUUUAAAUAUAACCAGUUGUUAUUAUUAAUAAUUAUAUUAUAAUUA